AAAUAAAUAGAUAGAUAGAUAGAUAGAAAGAAAGAAAGAAAGAAAUAAAGAAAGAAAUAAAGAAUAAAGGUAAACGAGAGAUAAGGAGAUAAGGUCCGUGUUCCCUCGGCAUGAAGAUAUCCGAGGAGGCCACGAUUCCACGGGGUGUCGAAAAAAACGAAUCGAACGUCUGCUGAGAGAUCUUUUGUCCUGUUUGAUUUGCAACGUGUUAGUUGAUAAGAAAAGACAGAGGGAGAAGAAGAGUAAGGGAACAAAUGAUUAGCUUAACCAUUGCGACGAGCAUGAUGCCUCUGUCAAGGGCAAAUCCGUAUGGAACACCGGCGGCGGCGGCAGCAGAUACGAUAUCGACGCAACAGACGAACGAGAGCAAUCACCUGCCACCGUUGAAGUCAACCUCGGCGGCAGUGGUGAUGAUGGCAGCGGCUUUCGAUAAUUUAAAGCAGAGCGAAUCGUCGCCGCCGCGUCACGUCGCGCACGCGACCAUCGGUCACGUGGUUGGCGGUGGUGCCACCGGUGGAGGACCCUCCACGCACCUGCCCAGCCUUGCGUCGAGUACUAACAACAGCUUGCAAAAUCUCUCCGGGAACUCGGACAGCCUUAAUCUCAGUUUGAGCUCGCACGCGAGUCACAAUUCGCAUUCGCAGCCAAACUCCCAGUCGAGCAGUCCGAUGGUAAAGAACGGUAGAUCGGAUGGUAGUUCGAGUGGUGGUGGUGGAGGUGGAGGUGGUGGUGGCGGUGGUGGUGGUGGUACGGGCGGAGCCGUGGUUUGCACUACCGAGGGAAGGCCCGGUACCGCGUCUGGGGCCAGUGCUAGCCCAAGUACCGUUCUUCUUCCGGAAAAACGAAUGUCGAUGAAGCUUUUACCGGAGACCGUCAUGAGGUUCUACAUGAACAAACUCACGCCUUACGAGCACCACGAGAUAUUCACUUACGAUUACGUUUAUUUCAUCGGGGCUAACGCCAAAAAGAGGCCCGGCAUUGUCGGACGACGAAAUAAUCACGAUUACGACAAUGAUCAAGGUUCUUAUAUACAUGUACCGCACGAUCACGUGGCCUAUAGGUACGAAGUCCUCAAGGUAAUUGGCAAGGGUUCCUUCGGUCAGGUCGUUAAAGUUUACGAUCAUAAGAAUCACGAGCACGUUGCCCUCAAGAUGAUUAGGAACGAGAAAAGAUUUCAUCGGCAGGCGCAAGAAGAGAUCGAGAUAUUGAAGAAACUUAGGGAACAGGACAAACACGAUAGGAUGAACAUCAUUCAUAUGUUCGAAGCAUUCACCUUUCGAUGUCACACGUGCAUCACCUUCGAGCUACUCAGUAUCAAUCUUUACGAGCUCAUCAAGAAGAACAGGUUUCGGGGCUUUAGUUUGCAGCUCGUGAGGAAGUUUUCUUAUUCCCUUCUUCUUUGUCUCGAUGCCCUAAACAAGAACAAAAUCAUUCACUGCGAUAUGAAGCCGGAAAACGUUCUUCUAAAGCAACAAGGACGGAGUGGUAUCAAGGUGAUAGACUUCGGCUCGAGUUGCUACGAGAACCGGCGGGUCUACACGUAUAUACAAAGCCGCUUCUAUCGGGCCCCGGAGGUGAUCCUUGGAGCUGGAUACGGCAUGCCGAUCGACAUGUGGAGCCUAGGCUGCAUUCUCGCAGAACUGUUCACAGGGAUCCCGCUGUUGCCGGGCGAGGACGAGGCCGACCAAUUGGCCUGUAUUAUCGAACUCCUAGGUAUGCCGCCAGGUUAUCUGCUAGAAAAUGCGAAGCACCGUCGAAAUUUCAUCAGUUCGAAAGGUUAUCCGAGGUACUGCGCGGUAACUACGAUGGCAGACGGCACGGAACAUUUCGGUGGUGGACUUUCGAGGAGAGGAAAACUCCGCGGGCCACCUGGCUCGAGAGAAUGGAAACGUGCAUUGAAGGGCUGCGAAGAUCUCAUGUUUAUCGAUUUUAUAAGGGGUUGCCUCGAGUGGGACCCAAAACUCAGGAUGACGCCCAGAAUGGCCCUCAGGCACGCUUGGCUACGGCGCAGAUUGCCGAAGCCACCCUCGGAAAAAAUCAACGACGAUUAUUUUCCACCACCCCGGACUUCCGUCACUGGUUUAAGGACGCCAGCUUCCUCCGGUAGCAAGAUUACCACCACCACCACCACGGCUAUCGCUAGCACGAUUAACAACACCACGGCCAUUAAUACGGCCACCACCACGACUGCUACUGCCGUCGCAUCUGUAGCGACCACUGCGAGGAGCAAUACCCUUCAGUCGACUAAUGUCAACGCUGCGAUGACUAGAAGCAAAGCGCGACAGAAACCGCAGCCGCAACAACAACAGCAACAACUUCAACAACUGAAUGAUUUCUAUUGUCGCAGAUCCACUAUACACACGAGGCAUCCCCAGUCGGGUAUUUUCGGCAAUUCGACGGUUCAAACAUCGAUUCAUGCCGUUUCCUCGAAUCAUCAGCCGAGUCUUAGCAGUCAUCAGUCCAUAAAUUCGGUCGGUACUGCCGGAUCGCAGCAACAACAGCAUGGUGCCACUCAUCAAUUGCAGCAGCAGCAGCAACAGCAACAGCAGCAGCAGCAAACAACCAAUGGAUCGUCGCACGGAUCUUCUUCCCAUGGAUCUUCCUCGCACGGAUCCUCUUCUCACGACAGCCAUAGUUCGCACGGUCCUUCGAGUUCUUUGAGUCGCGUGAUCUUGAGCAAAGAAUUCAUCGAAGAACUCAGACGAUAUGCCGAAAUAUGAGGACGUCGGCUCUUACGCGUGCAUGCCACUGUCGCUGCAGUCAUGCUCGUUGUUAAAUUCGAAAUGCGUGUUAACCCUUAAAUACCGUGCUCAUACGGUAACGUUGACACGAUGUGAUGAACGAGUCGAAGGUUAACGAUCCCUUUUCGAACCUUUGAUAGACGCAAACACCCUCCAUGCGAUGGGGGGUGAUCUUCUCGCCUACGUUAUAGGCGAGUUUUUUUAGAGAAAUAAGUAAGUUCGCGUAUUACGAGAGAGAUUGACCUACAUUGGAUCCUAUUUAAACCCAUUUCAUUUUUUUUACUAUUAAAAAUAUACACAAACCCAACGAUCGUUCCUCAUUUCUUUUAUCUUUAACGUAAUA